UAUACAUUUCUUUGAAAGAGACGAGAUCGCGAGAGUAUUUUCAUUUCUUGGAUUUGGACUCAGACUCACGGCAGACACUGAGACAAGGAACAGAGAUGACCUUGUUUGAACACGUGAAGCAACUUCACGACUGUGAACUAUAUAAUGAUUUGAAGCAUCUGGCUUCAAUCGCGUUGACUUUGAGUGACAACAACUCCGAGGUGGAGCUGAACCUUCCUCAGAAAUAUCAGUGUAUCGUGUACCAUGGGAACGCUCUGUAUCAUCUACAGGAAUAUCACAAGGCAGAGGAAGUUUACAAAAAAGCCCUGCAUCUGAGAAAAGCUUUGAACAAAGAAAAAGUGAAGGACAAGCCAUCACUUAAUACAGAGCUGACCGAUGAAGUGGAAGUGAAGUAUAAGAUUUACGAGUGUCUGAUGGCGACCAAACAGUGUCGAGAGGCCAUGGUCAUGUUACAGGGAAUAAGUUCCAAACAAAGAACGCCUAAAAUCAACCUCGCAUUGGCCAAACUGUACAUCAGGGUCGGCAUGGACCGGUCAGCUAUAACCAGCUAUAAAGAGGUUCUCAGGGAAUGUCCACUCGCUCUGGAGGCAAUGACUGGUCUAAUGUCGCUGGGGGUAAAGGGACCUGAUGUAGCAGCCCUGGUGAUGAAUGGAGCACCCAACACCUCAGACUGGUUGUCGUUGUGGAUUAAGGGUCAGGCUCAAUUAUCACAGAGAGACUACGGAUCAGCCAUUGUAACUCUGUCAUCAAUGGACAACCAGUCCUAUCUGAAAGACAACACUCAGCUCCUCAACAGCCUGGCAGAGGCCAAGUUCUGCGACGGACAAUACAACCAGGCCAUGUCGCUGUUCCAGAGGAUUCAUGCUCUGGAUCCUAUGCACAUGGCCAAUAUGGACCUUUACUCUUACCUUCUGGCCAAGGAUAGAAAAGUCAAGGAGCUACUCAAAUUGUCCCAGCAGUUGUUGAAGAUCACAGAACAGGCAGCAGAACCCUGGAUCUCCCUUGGUUACUAUUGCCUAGCAACCAGAAAAGUCUCCAAAACCAUCUACUUCGCACAAAAGGCCAACACACUAGACCCGUACAAUAUUGAAGCUUUCCUGCUUAAAGGCACGGCUUUACUGGAGCUUAAGAAAGUGGAUGAUGCCACCCCCCACAUGAAGGAAGCUCUAAGACUAGCUCCACACAGAUAUGAGGCAUACACAGGUCUGAUACAGUGUUAUAUGGCGUUGUAUAGACACAGAGAAGCACUCACCUGGGCAGGAAAGGCAAUCAAAACCCUGGGUACCACCGCCAGGACUUUAACGUUGUAUGCUUCAGUUCUGGCUAAAACGCCCACAGUUACAGCAAAGGCAAAGCCGUACUUGGAGAAAGCUAUGAAGUUGGACCCGUCAUUUCUGGAAGCUGUUUACAUCAUGGUGGAAAUUCUGGGUCAGGAGCAGCAGUACGAUAGGGGAAUAGAGAUAUUACGUAAACAGCUGGAGACUCACAGCACCUGUCGUCUUCAUCAGAUGUUAGCAGAAUUCCUCACACAAACCCACGAACACCAAGAGGCCCUGGACCAGUUUAGUAUCGCACUCAGUUUGGACCCGUCGAAUGUCCGGGUGAGGGAAGGCAUGGAGAGGGUGGAGAAACAGAAUGACAUGGGGCUGGAGAGUGCUUACGAUGUCGGAGUCGAGGACAUGGAAAACAGCGAUGAAGAGGAGGAGUUUGAGGGCAGUGAUGUGGAGAGUGCCUGGUCUGACACAGAAUUCAGCUGAUAUCCCUACUGAUUAGAUAUCAGUGGACUGGAAUUGAGGCUGUUCCCUCCCCUCCCCCAUCUGUAGAUGAAGGACUGGCUGUUCUCUUUAAUAAAGAGUCAGGGAGGAAUAUCAAUUUUACCCAUCAGUUGGUAUAAGUUCCGUACUGUUGAGGGAGAACAUACUGUACAGAUAUGAUCUGUGCUGAUGUUUAUGUGUGUUUAAUUUGUUUACAUGUUCAUGCAUGUACAUGCUCACAUUUUGUAUAUAACUUGUCAAAUGAUGUGGGUUUUCAAAUAUUUUAUGUAUAUUGAAUUAAAUUGUGUCGUUUAAUGUGAUAAAAAUGUGGCCAUGUAAUGGACGAGUACUCUAUUUGUAUUAUCUGAACAUGUUUGUGAGAAAGGUUACAUAAAGUCAUUUGCACAGAAGUCAUGUAGAUGAAUCAAUGAA